UCUCUUUUAUUAUAUGUAUUUUAAUUUUUGACCAAAAAUAUUUGUAAAAUGUAUAUUUGUUGUACCUGCGGCCUGAAGAAGAUGACGCUAAGCAGCGCUGCCAGCAAGGAUCAGCAGCGUCGGCACGGGCGUGCUAUGUUCGAAAAGGAUGUCAUAGAGGGGAUGUCGGAUUGGUGUACGCAAUGCAAUGCGCUUACGUUUUUUAUUAAGUCUAUUAAUCCGGACAAGUCGGGACAGCUGCAGUACCUGGAGGAGCCAAAGGAGUCCAGAGGGCGCAGCAAGCAGCGACAGGCGGCGAGUCGCAAGCGCCAUGAUGUCGUGGAGGAGGAGCUAGUGCAUAACAAACUGCAGCAGGCGCUGAUGGACAGCAUGCCGGUGCGCAUGCCCUUUGGCAGUCACUUGGAUGCGCAGAUGCGUUCCACAAGCGAGCAGCGAAGCCAGCGUCGGCAAACCGAGACUGCAGCUGCAUCAGGACGCUCUCAAUCCAUGGCACGCGAGUGGCCCAUGGAGAGUCGUGCUGGCAUGCAGCUGCAGCAGACAGCGCGCAAGGAUAUGCGCUUGCUAAACAGCGAGCCCAGAAAGCGCGUGCGUCUGGACGAGCAGGCCAAGUACGACGACAGCUUGCUUAGCAACAGACUGGAUGAGCCAGAGUCGGAGGAGGACGACUUGCCCACGCCUACGCCUAGCAACAGCUCCAAGCGUAGCUAUUUGACCAGUCCGGAUGUGUUUACAGCCACUGAAAUACAGAGGCUGGAGGCGAUUAAUCCUUGGCAGCAGCUGCUGCAGCAGCGCACCAACCAGCUGCUGGACAAAAUGCCAGAGACCAAGCGUAGGAGGCACGUCAAGCGCCAGCUGAGCGAGACUGAUAGUCAGCACAGCCUGAACAGGCAGCAAUUGAACAAAGCGGCGCAGCAGCAGCGUCGCUUGAACAAAGAGCUAAAGGCGGAGCUGGCGCAGCGGCAGCAUUUGCUGCAGAAGUGGGAGUCUAUAAGGCGGCGUGUGGAGGCCGAAUGCAAACUGGCCAAAACGGAGCUGCAGCAGAUGCAGCAAUGCCAGAUGAGCCACAAGCAGUUGCGUAAGGAGCGACAACGCGGUGGCGCACACUACGCGCUUCAAGCCGCACACGCCCCAGAGCAGGCGCAGGCCAAGCAAGUGAAGCAAGUGGAGCAAACUUUGGAUGACAGGCUGGAGCUUGUGCUGGAAGCGCUGCAGGAGCAGACGCUAGCCAGCAAGAGCAAACUAAGCCACAAAAGCUUUGAGCCCAGCGCGCCUACGCCCAGCGUUAUGCAGCUGCCCGCACAGCUUGGAGCUCGUCCGCCGCUGCCUGAAGCAGAGGCUGCGUCCAAGCAGCGCACCACAUCCCAGCCCAAGUGUAAGCUGUACAAGUCUAUAGUGUCCUUCAAGCCCAAGCGCAUGCCCAGCAAGCUGAAUCUGCUGGUGUCCACAGUGCAGCGUGCGCGACUGCGCGGCUUUGCUGAGGAUCCGCAAGAGCUGCUGGAGUCCAAUCAGCUGCGGAUCAAACGCGAGCCGCCAGUGGAGCAGUUCACCACUUUGCCCUGCCCACACCAGGAGCUGCACAAUCUGAUGCAGCACAAGCAACAGUUGCUGGUGCCGCUGUCCGAGGCUCAGAUUUUGGUCUCACGCACGCCCUUCCUCUGUCCCGAGUCGGACUGCAGUCGCCUUAUGUUUGUCUCGGACUUCAAUCGCCACUUGACUUGCGAGCAUCACAAGCUCACCAUGGAGCGCAUGCACGUCAAUGAGGUGAAGACUUUCUUUCUGGACACGCGUCUCACGCAGCUCAACAGGCCCAAGUGCUGCAUGGUGUUCUUCAUCAAGGACAAAUAUCUGGACGUCGCUGGCGACAACGAUCCCACUCUCUUGCCUGUGCUAGUGAUGACCACGCGUCUGCGUCUUACCGAAAUGUUUGCGCCCAACUUUAAGCCCUACUCAGACUGCAACCUGGAUGGCAAUGAAAUCUUUUUGAUUUGGCUAACCAGCAUACAGCCCAUAGAUUGCAGCCUGAUGGGCACCAUUGCCGUCUGGCCCACCAGCAGCAAGCCGCGCCCAGAGUAUCUAACUGUGCAUACCCAGGAGGUCUACAACAUACGCACGGAGCCCUCGCUACUCGACUUGUAUCAUAGCAAUCGUGUUCUGGCGCUGCCCAGCAGUCACAUUGGCCGCAUGACUGACAAGGGUCAGAAUCUGUUGGCCGUGCAGGUGAAAAUUCAUUAAGCCAACUAUCUAGUCCAGCAAAAUUUUAGCUUUGUUACCUUUUGGAAAUAAACAAGUUUUUCGGUUACUCUUUGGCAAAAAUCGACAAAUUCAUGAAUGUUUGCUAUUUAUUGUUGCAUACUCUUAGGCACUUUGUCUAAAAAUCACUUUUUGGGAAUUUUGAAAAAGUUCGCAUGUGUCUGCAGCUUUUUCAAGUCUA